UUCGUGCGGCGGACGUCCUUGUCCUGCGUCGUGUGUGCCGUGAGUGGACGCCUUGAUGUUGUACAAGGAAAAACUAGCCAAGCAGCAAAUAAAAGUUGCAGUAUUUUCUAAAUAAUAAUUUCCAAAAAUCGAAUCGUAAAAAGAAGAAUUCUAAUAUACAAAAAGUGCUAAAAGUACGAUAAAAUGAAAACUAUGUGAAAGUUUUUAAAAUUUUUUUUGUAAAGGAGAAAGUACAAAGCAUAAAUAGCUCAGACAUUAAAGGUGAAUUGCUAAUAAAGUGAUAAAAAACGAUGAAGUGAUAAAAGGAGCAACACGCGGCCACAAAUAAAAAUCAAAAUAAAACGGAAAUAUAAGUUCAAAAAUAAGCGCUUGCGAGCGGUUCAUUCGGGUAUUUAGAGUUGAGCACGGCCCUUCGAGCAAUUUGAAAUCGCACAACUGUUAAGAGUUUGAGUUUGAGUUUGAUACAACAAUACACAUAAUCAACAACUAAAACAACAACCAUAAAGUUUAUAUAAAAGAGCAGCAAUAGUAGAGGUGUUGACUGUGUUAGUCCGAGGCACGGUACUGAAAGGCAACCGGGUAAGGCGCGGUAGAAGCAUUAAAAUUGUCGCACAAUCAAACACAAGCAAAUUAAUUAAAAACGCAAAACGGGGCAGCAGUUGAUGGUGUGAAAAUUAAAGGCCUCGGAAAUUCGUUUUGUUUCUUCGCACAAACUCGAACGAACUCGAACUUUGUAGACUAACAAUUGGCGUGGACGCCAACCGGAGACGCUGUGUAGUUGACUGCAUUGCGAAAAGUAAGGACACACGUGGAGCGUGUGGAGUAGGUUAGCGCUGGCCACUUGUGUGUGCUUGUGUAUGUGUCUUAAGACGAGAAUUCGGUGAUAAAUAUUUCGGGAGCCAUUGCGAUACGCAUACGAACCGUUGUCACGCAAGCGCUGCAGUCGGGUUUAGUCGGCAGCCGCGCUAUUUUUAAUUAAGCGAAGCAAAUAGAGCUGCAGUGAAGCAGUAAACAAGCAACAAUAACAACGUUACAGCCCUUUUAGCGCCGGCCACACGUCAUCCUCACCUGAAACAUAACUUUUGCCGCUCUUCAACAUAUUUGACUCUUGUGUGCGUGUGUGGGUUCGUGUUUAUUGGCACUUACACUUGUGCCUUGCUGUGUACAAUUCCUCACCAGUGUGCCAACGGUUGCGUUAAAUAUUCAGCACUUACUUGCUUGUUGAAAAAGUUCCAGCUCUAGGCAAACUAAGAUCACCGAGAGAACCUGGCUUGGAAGUGGCCAGAAAUACUGUGACUUCGUUGACACGUGCCGUGGGCCUAAGGUUUGGCAAUUGAUGUCAUUGUGAUGACGCAAUGGAUUGCGGCCUUAAGUGGGCGCUCUUCAGUACCAAAACAACACUCGCACUCAUUAUUGAGGCUGCAGAUAAAGCGGCAGCAGCUGCCGAAGCAGAAGCGCCAACGUCAGCAGCAACAGUGGCUUUUACGGCUGCAGCUUCAGAAAAAUCACCAACAACUCCAAAUAGAAUACGAGAAAGACCAAACAUUUCCAGAAUCCGCCAUUGGCCCAUUUUUUAUACCCGAAAAGUAGGCACAUUUGACGCCGCCAAAGGCUACGCCGCAGUUCGUCUCUAUAGCACCGUAGGUGGAGUCACAAGCGACGCUGUGGGGUCACGACGUUACAGCCGCGAAUGUGCCAUCAGAUUCAACACUAGCUUGUUUCGCAGAAGCAGGCGAAUAUAACAUAACCUCCCUGCUGCCAACAGCGACGGCAUCAAGUCGCCCAAAGUAGAAGCAGGUGAAAUAGAAACUAAGGAAAAACAAUAACAGAAAACGGGUACAACGACAAAUGCUGUUUUAGGAGAACAAACGGAAUAAAAACCUAAGAUAAUGAAACAUUUUUGUUGUGCAAUUGUUCGCCUUGAGUAAGAUGGAAUGAUGAAGGUGGUGCCAAUGACAUAACCUCUUAUUUUGGUAGUUCAUUGCUUAUAAAUUUAGUAAAUAAGGAGAUGCUUUUUGUUUUGCUUUUUGGAAUUUGAGAAAGGUUUAUCUAAUCUCUAUAAAUAUUACAGUUUUUGCAUAAAAUGAAAUGAGGGCAUCAUUCAAAAAGGGACCAAUCAAAUUAAGCAAAAUGAUGGCAAGCAAAGAUCUAUUGAUUGCAAAUUAAUUACUCCUUCAUGGUUCUGGAUAGAAACAGUUAUUAACUGUUAUUUUUUAUUUCAACUUUGUGACUGAUUAUUAACUCUUGUGCUUUGUUAAUUGCAGCAAAUAUUUUUAUAAACAAAAAUAUGAUGGAAUACGGCUAAAGAGAAUCCGAUGGAUUAAACGCCGAAAUCAAAAGAAAAGUGAAGAAAAUUCCACAAAAGUAUAAAGAAUAAAAAACAAAUAAAUAUACAUAAAACCAUAAAUAUAAAAAAGUAUAACUAACCGAACUAUUCUUUUAUCUUGCGCGAAUUCAAUUUAAUUUCUGUCUCAAAUUGAUUCGCAACCUUACCGCGUCUCGUCUUGACUUAAAUCAAUCCGACUGUAUCAAUUUGACUCUACUUGAGCGCAAACCACUGAACUUAAAUCAUUAAAUACCACGAACGUUGCUCGCACUUUGUCGACUAGUUCGGUCAUAGUGUUGCUACAGCCAUAGGGACGCCGCAAACCUGGCGUUUACGCAUAAAAUUGAACAAAAUAAAUUCCCCAACGCAGCUGACGUUUAGGUGCGAAUUGUGUCAAUCAGGGCACAAUUGUUCAUUUGUGCAGUGGCCAUGGAGCCUCCUGGCGGGUUACCGCCGGACCGCGACAGACAACUAGUGCUGCGUCCCCAGCAGCAGGAGCAACAACUGGUACCGUUGGUACCGCAAGUCAAGCCGACCCUAGCACUGAAUCUUUACUCCAAGGACCAGGCCGUGUCCUCAACUAUUGCCACAACGCUGACUGCAGAUGCCUCUACAGAGAAUGCCGCUGCCUCAUCUACCACAUCGAUCCGCACCACCAAUGCACUUGUGCUUGCGUCCGCGAGUAACGUUGUUAGUGUAAUCGCUGCAGGCAACAGUAGCACGGCGACGGCUACAAGUACCAGCCCCGCACUGGCGUUUGCAGCCAUAGCGAUAUCGGGUACUACGCAGGCGGCCACCGCGUUCAGUGGAAGCGCGGUGGGUGUGCAGCACACGCCACAUCAUCAACACCCGCCUCAUCAUCAUCCACCCCAUCCUACGCAUCAGAUGCAUCAUCAGCCCCACCAUCAGCCACAGGCGUACGGUGCGCAUAACUCGUCGGCAACCUCGUCCCUGUUUGGCGGUAUCUCGGCCAGCAGCAGCAGCAGCAGCACUUCGGUUGGUGGGCAGCAACAAACCAUCGAGAAGUUGGCGCGACCCAUGGCUUUCGAUAAGAUGGAGGCACUGGUGCGCACUAUGCAGAAUGAUGAAAAACCCGUGCCAGUGCGAGUGCAGAAGACCUUUCUCAGCAAUAUUCCAUCGGCGUUCAUGGGCUAUGAUUUGAUAGAGUGGAUGAUGGACCGCUUGAUGAUUGAGGAGUCCGAGGCAUUGAGCAUCGCCAACCAACUUUGUUUGCAUGGCUAUUUUUUUCCCGUCAAUGACACCAAAACACUAGCCGUGAAGGAUGAUUCCUCGCUGUAUCGCUUUCAGACGCCAUACUACUGGCCAUGGCAGCACAAACCUCCCGACAAUGUGGAGUACGCCAUUUACCUGGCGAAGCGUUCGUUGCGCAAUAAGCAACGUCAUGCCUUGGAAGAGUAUGAGACUGAAGCAUUGGCAUCGCUACAUAAGAGCUUGAAAGGUAAGUGGGAUUUCAUCACUAUGCAAGCCGAGGAGCAGGUACGGUUGGCGAAGGAACGUAAGAAGGGUGAUAAGAUCGUCGUUGACUCACAAGAGCGCGCCUAUUGGCGUGUACACCGUCCACCGCCCGGCCAGUUCACACCUCUGGAGCCAUGCCCCAUACCUUCGCGUGAUCGUCAAGGCUUCAAGCCUAAUAAGAAGAAAACGGUUGAUGAUGUGCAACGCGAGGUGGAAUAUCUACGCAAGUCGUUGAAUCGCACACGCAUGAAGAUGUCACAAGCUUGCGAAUCACUUGUGGCAUAUUCAGAGACGUUUGCCGAGUAUGACUUCUUCUUGCAGCCGGUACUGCCCUCAAAUCCUUGGGUGACCGAAGAUGUCACAUUUUGGCAGCUGAACAAUAGUUUUGUGGAUACACCCACAGAGAAGCGAGUUAAGCGUUGGGCUAUCUCAGUAGAAGAGUUGGUUUCCGAUCCAACAGGCCUGCAGGAGUUCACAAGCUUUUUGGAGAAAGAGUACUCUCACGAAAACAUCCGUUUCUGGAUCGCAGUGAAUCGAUUACGGCGCUCGGCUCACUCUCAGGUGCCGCGUAAAGUUAAAGAAAUUUAUGAAGAGUUUCUGAAACCAGGCGCGCCAUGCGAAAUCAAUAUUGAUGGUAAAACUAUGGAGAGUGUGCUGAAGGGUCUAAAAAAUCCAUCACGUUUCACAUUUGAUUCCGCCUCGGAACAUAUUUACACGCUGCUAUUAAAGAAGGACUGCUACCCACGUUUCAUACGAUCCGAUCACUACAAGCGUCUACUGGAGGCAGGCGUACCCCCAUCACACAAGAAACGCUUCUUUAACUUCGGUGGUGUGGGAGGUGCCAAGAAAAAGAUGACAGCCGCACUCUCCAGUCAACCCAAUCUUGGUGACGGCACAACUGCGAAGAAUAUCGGCGGUGCGAGCGGCUCGAUGAUGACAGCACCACCUCCAGGGAACUUGGCGCGACGACGGGGCAGCGACCGCAGCCUUACCGGCUCCGCUCACGAGCUGGCUGUGAUUGGCGUAAAUAAGGACAUAACCUCAAAAGUGCCACACUCGCACUCACAAAGUAAUUUGAGUGAGAUGCCAUACAGCAGUGAGUCCAUAUAUAGAGGAGAUAUGCCACAACUCCAGGUCACAGAUGUCGCUGUUCAAAAUUCAUCACUCGGAUAUCGCGAGAGCAGCUCACGUUCGCUUCAGGAGACGACCAAGUCGAAGCCUGCUCGCUUGGAGACCACGGUGGAGUCUUCCAGUAGCGCAGUGUGCCCAUGGGAUGUGCCUGAUGAGCCUCCUGACACACAGGCACCCACGCCACACCAAAAGUCUCAAAUUAAAUUGUCCAUAUGUCCCUGGGAGCAGGAAAGCGACCCAGCGCCAAACGCAGCUAAUAUUGCAAAGUCAGCCACACACCGUCUCACCAGCACAUCUUCGGACAACACUGAUGUAACGGAUCGCAUCCAACGCAAUUUGGGUAUAAGACAUCAGAACACCGUAGACAGCGGCGAGGCAAGUAAACGCCUUGUUCCAAACUUCACCGAACAACGCAGAGCUUCAAUGUCCUUCACACAGUCGCGUCUUUCGGAAUAUCAAUUCGGUCAGACAUCUGCUUCAGCGAAAACUUCUUCUAGCCCAUCGCCAACAGUGGGUAGCCAAAGUGUUGUGGACACUACGCUUUCCACACCUCCGCCACCGCUCUUCACUCAAAGUAUUGCGACCAUGGCCGCAGUAACGGCAAUUAAUAGCUCAUCGACGAUUGUGACGAAGGAUCCUCCAUCCUCUUCGGAUGCAGAGAUAGAGGAGGAGCUGAAUAAGCUAACUGUAUCGCAGAGGAACAGUGAAUCUUCAGCAUCCGAAAUGUGUGCGCUGCCACCACCUACUCCGACACCACCGCCCAUUACUAAAGUGACACCCCCUCCUCCGGACGAAAAUAUUUGCUCCUACUAUCAUCCAGUUGAGGUAAUAUCUUGUGAGAGUUCUCAAAGCGAUCAUUUGUGCGGCGCAGAUAGAAGUGGUGGAAGCGGCAAUAGCGAUAAUGGUAGCAUUGUUAUAUCCGAGACAGAUGUAGAGGUAGCUGUGCAAGAAGUACAAAUAGAGCUAAUUGAAAGCUAUGACUUUCAGGAAGGAAAAAGUCCGCAGCUCAGCACACCCUCCAUACAGAUUGAAGAGGACUUAGAAGUUUUGCCAAUUGAGGAUCCAGUUGCAGAGCCGACGCCGGCUGAAGGUGAUGUUAUCGAGGCUGUAGCUCAAAGAACGCCCACAACCAGCCGAGGUAAUUCGCGGCCGGAAACGCCAGAAAUGGAACAGAAGCUGCUACCAGCUGCCACCAUGCCGGACAUUUUGCAUUCGAAGCAACUGCAUGAGUCCACAUCUUCGGGCGCGUUAUUAGUUACCGCUUCAGCGAUACCGCCACCACCGCCACCCAUCGGCCCAAUGGAAGAGGAAGAGCAGCUACGCGUUGAGGAAGAAAUAGCAGCAGCACAAGAGACGCAGGAUGAACUUUCACCGACUACAGACGAGUAUCAAGAGGGUCUACAAUUCGAUACCGAUGACAAGGAAGACUACGAAUAUGACAUCAUCGACACUGACACCCAAGCCGGUUAUAUACCUCCAGCACCGACGCCGGCGCCAUCCAUGGCACCACUUGCCGAAAUGGAUAUUGACACCGUAGACGAUGAGCCAUGCGACGAAAUGUGCUCUAUGCAGGAGGUGGCGGAAAUACCAACAACACCAACGCCAACUGUCAACAUGUACGAAGUGUCGCCGACCAUCAUUGAGAGUGUAAUACCAAUAGUCACUGAAGAGGUGAAAAAGCGACGAAAGAAGCGCAGUGCCGAAGGCAAAAAGAUACUAUCCGUGGAUGAAAAGGAGCAAAAGGCGAGUACAUCGGCCGGUGGAGCUACAGAUGUUGUCAGCGGAGCGAAGUCGGAGACUGACCGCAAUGCGGUGUGCCCCUGGGAGGAUGAAAAUGUUACAACCAGUGACGGCACUUUCGUGAAGACAUACGCCACGCUCGGGUAUUUAUGAAUAAAGCAGAACCUUUUCAAGUCUGUGGUCAACAAAAUACUGAAGAAAAAGAAAAAUCAAAAGAAAUGACAGUUUUGCAAUGCAACCCUAAACACAUACACAGAAACUUACACGUAAUCGUUCAUAGACAGCAAACAUACACACUUCUGCGCUAGAAUGAGCACUGAUGGGAUUGAUCUCUCCUUUGAAGUGCUUUGUUUAUGCAAAACACUGAAUUUGUUAACAUGAUUUAGUUUCCAAUUUACACAGCAGUAGAGUUGCUCUCAGCCUGCCGAAUUAUAGCACAAACAAACACGGGCCACAUUCACUAAGCCGUCACUAAAGAAUAGAAUAAUUAAAUUUAUCUGCUAUUAGCAAUUACUAAUAAGACAUAUAUACAUAUACACCAAUUACCUAUACAUUUACAACUUACACACACAUACACACUUAUACACUAUUCAGGACUAUUCCAGAAGAAGAAGAAGGGCUGGGAAGAUGAUGAUAUGAUGAAUUGAUUGCUUAAAUGUUUAAGAAACUUCAAGAGAAUUGUCUAUUGCUGAAAUAAGAAUUAUUUAAGUAAUUCUCGAAGCCAACCAAGUGCAGAGAAGAGGAAAUGUCAAAAUUAUUAGGAAUUUGCGUUACGUAACUAUUAUUAGUACUUGGAAACUUAGCAAUCGGUGCUUGGUAGAAUGAGAUCAUAUAUUGGAUUUUUCUUUGCUUUUGGCGCGGACUUCAAAAGUGAUGUGCGGUGGUAGAUAGCUACUGAAUGUCACCACAACUAGUUCGUAUAGACAUUUAACAGGCAGAGAUGAUAAAAAUAAUUUAAGAAAAAGUAAUGCAAUAAAGUUCUAAGGAAACGAGGGGGCGAGAUUUAGGUGGAAAAGUUGAGUGCUACAGCCGAACAGCGCACGGAGCCGAAGUGUGAUGAAUUAACUUCAACAAAGAGAAAUUUCCAACCGAAAAACUAUAUUAUUUUGAAAGAAGUAUCAGGAAGAGAGAGAUGCAAAGCGAGUUUAAGAUUUGUCACAUUGGCGCUUUGCUCCAACACUCUCCCACUUUAGGUAAAUGUGAAGGAAAACAGUGCGACAAUAAGCAAAAUAUAAGCGAAACACUACAUACUAACAACUAUGCAAAUUCUAGUUGUAAGCAUAAUAAUUCAUUUUUUAAUUAUAAUUUGACUUAUUUUUAGCGAAUUAAAACAUAUGAACUUAUUUAUGAUCCUUAAAUUAAAUACCAAACGUUUAUUUACUGUAUAAUAUGCAUAUGUUAGGUAACAUAACCUAUAAAAAAAUACUUUUAAGAUAAAUCUCUUUUUUUUUUUUUACAAAUACAACUGUAGUCUUGAAUUACGUUUAUCAUUUCCAUUACUGAGCCAAAAGUUUGCUAUUUAAACGAGAGUAUGAGGUCGGCUGACCACAAAUUUUCAAUCCAUGUAAUUCUCAAUUUCCUGACUAGUACACAAAUAUUUUUGAAAACUUUUGUAAGAACGCACACCUUUUGUAAAAUGAUGCUUUAUGCGCUUAUACCUCGCCUACACAUUUAUAUGCACCCUCCGCAUGCAUGUGUGUGGGUGGGACAGCUCCAGCUGCAAUAUCUCGGCGUUCGUGCACACACAACUUUCGAGCCCCAAAAUGUAUGCAACGAAAGCGAGAUACCAACAAUGCGAGGCAACUACGGCAACACGGUGGAAGGCCACAUAGGAGGCCAGUGCCUUCUUAUGACAGACCGGAGCCAAGGCAAUUAAAACGAUCAUUUUACGAGACGACAACCGCUUGGAAAAUCAACAGCUGUUAGGGUCAUUGAAUAUACUAUUAUUAAUAAAUAUAAUAAAAAUAUUGCAUGAAUAUACUACUACGUUACUUAAAAUGCACUAACUAAGCAAAUGUAUCGUUGUUCGAUUGUUGGGAAAAACUACAUAUACAUAUUGGCAAAUUUGGUGUUGCAUUUAUUCACAAUAUUCACUAAUCAAUCCUUACUAGUUGGCUCUUGCAGCCAUUUACUUAGGUGUCUGACUUAAUGUCAUGAAUGUUACACAAAAUAAUGUAAAAUAAAACGAAAAAAAAUCUAUAAAAAAACAAAAACAAAGUAAAAAAAAUAUAAAAUUUUUGAAAAUUAGAAAAAAAAAUUUUUGGUAUAGCAUUUAACCUACAUACAUAUAUAUUUCCAGUAUAAAAUUUAACCACUUAUAAUGAAGGAGUUACUAACUGAAUGUUGUGUGUUUAACUAAAAAAAAAAUACAGAAAAUAUAUGCUUACAAGCAUUCUUAGAAAUAAGUUUUACUAGUUAACGAUAGAGGCAAGUUUUAAAAAUAUUUGUGUACGAAAGGCGAAAACACUGCGUAGAUACCAAAAACCAUUCAAGAGCUACUCGCAAACUUUCUAACACCAACAAAAAAAAAUAUUUUUUUUCUUGGACAGCUAAUUUAAAGAGACGUAUAAACAUUUUUAAUUAUUAAUUUGUUAAAUUAUGCAAACAAGCUGCCAAAAAUUGUUGCAAGCUUUUCUAAGUUAUUUAGUUUCAUUUUCAUUUAGCUUAAGUUUAUCUGCUUCACGCAUACAAAUACAGUCAGUCACAAGUUUGUAGAUCACUCCACACAACACACUCCGAAACUCACCUCACUCUCUCACGCACACUGAACUUCAGACUCUCAGAACUACUACCGAUUCUCAAUCAAAAAACGAGCUAAAGGAAACAAGUAACAAUUGGUUGUUGGCUAGACAAUUAUCUCCCAUUAAGCUCACUCGAGUAUGUAUUUUAUUUACAAUUACAAUGUACUUAACUAUAUAAAAAGCUAAUUAUAAAAAAAAUCAAAAUUAGAAAAGAGUUGGCUAAAUUUAAAGGCGAUAACUUACUCACACACCUAAAGUGGCAAAAUGCAAAUAUAAAUGAAAAAAAUCCACAACAAAAAAUUAUUUAUAAAAUAAGCAAGUUUUAACUGGAAAAAGAACUUAGAAAAAAUUAACCACAACAAAGUAAAUGUUGAACAUUUCUAAAAAUACAGAAAAUAAAUGAAACCACCGUUCAAAACCACUCACCAAAUGAAGCGAAGCAAGAAACCUAAAGCAAAAACAAAACCAAAAAUAAAAUAUAUAAAUAAUAACUCAAGGGUAAAGUAAGAAAAAAAGGUCGCAUGGAUCCAGCAGAAAGGCAGAAGAGCAGAAAUAGAAUAAAUUAGAAGAAUUAGCUGUAGAAAUAGGGAUGAAUGUAGGAAGUGUGGUUGGUUUAGAUGCUCGUUAAGAACUCAACCCAUUAAAAUGCCAAAUUAUACAUUUACAAAAACAAAACAAAAAUGGAGAUUGUUGAAAAAAGCAGAAAGAGCGAAGAGAGUAGAGCCCGGAGCAAAAAACGAGCGGAAAAUAUGGAUCUAUAUACUUUACUAAAAUAUAAGCUAAAUUAAAUAAUUGAAGGAGUAGGUGAAUAAACAAUACAACUAGAUGCAGAGCACUUAAAAAAAAUAUGAUUUUUGUUGUUCGAAAUUAUUGAAACAGCUGAAGAGUACCAGUACAGUUAGCAUACUGCUACGUGAUAAACAGAAAGUUAUGUGCAAAUGCAUAUAUGCCCGAGUGCUAGGAAGUAAGAUGGAAGGAUAGAAAGAGAGAUAAGGAACUAUUAGUGAAGAAAGCAAAGGAGAGCCAAGCGAAGAAAACUGCUACGGUUAAGUUGCACUACGGUGUGCUUGGUGGCGCUUGGGAACUCGGAGCAAAAUUAAAAAUAUUUAAAUGAAAUAUUUUCGUUAGUGAUAAGCAUAAAGAAUACAACUAAUAUUUAUGAUAGUACUAGUAAUUGUUGUUAUUGCGUAUAAUUAAUAAUUAGCCUUACAAACAUGGUUAUAAACAUAUAUAUUAUUAAAGGUGUGGCAAAGCCCAUGUAGCAUUUAAAGCAGUAAUACACAAAUAAACAAAGUGAAAGUGAAAAAAUUGACAGCAGCGAAUAAUUGAGUACUAACCACCCAACACAAUGCGAAGGAAAUAUAUGCAGCAGGAACAGAGAUUAAAACGAACGUAAAUUGAAAUACAAAUAGAAACAGAAAAUAAAACAAAAACAGAAUACAGCAACUGAAUACAGAAAUGAUAAGCAAAAGAAAUUGAAAGAAGACUCAAAACUCUAAAUCUAAAAGCCAACAAAAUCUCUUUUGAAUUGUAUUGGAAUGUUUUUGCUUACAUGAACACACACUAUUUUAGCUUACCCACAUAUUUACACAAACAAAUAAUACUUUUUAAAUCCUACAACUAAAAACUAUCUAUCUACUUAGUAAGCCAAAUUUAUGAAACAGAAUUACGCAUCAAACUCAAUAGCAGAAGGACACUAAAAGAGAAACUUUGUCUAUUUCCUAAGUCAAAUGCGAAAGCAAAAACCGGACAAAUAAUGUACUCAAUAUUAAAAAAAACCAAAAACCUAAAGUUGAAAAUUGACAAAUAUAAUAGAUACGUAUAACUUCAUAGGUAAAGGCAAAUGCAUACCCACACAAUAUGUACAUAUGUAUAUGUGCUGUGUGUAAAAACAGAAAAUUAGAAAAACUUGCAAAGUAAAUGCUUUGAGUAACAAACCAGCAGUAGCGUAAUUAAAAAUAAUAAUUUAUAUACAUUUAGAUUAGUUGGAUCACCAUGAAACUAGCUCAUAUUUACACGAACAAAACGCACAUAUACAUAUACAUGUACACACACAAACAAUAAUUGAGACAACUUGAAUGGGUCAAA